GCCGACAAUGUCACCGGCUCUUUGUUUGGAGCAGAAACGCGCAUAACGGACCGCUUAUUGUUAUUGUUUCUGUUUAUUUUUUUGACCAACAAAGCGGAUUAUUUCAUUAUUCUUUUUUAAACUACAAACAGCCUACUCUUAUUUGCUUUUUUAUAUAUAUAUAUAUAUAUUUUUUUACAUUUCGGUUUAGCUCAGUGUUUGGUGCAGCUGAAUCGUUUAGUGAAAAGCAAAGAAAACGGACUAGCGAGUUAGCUAACACGCGUUUACACACAUCUAGAGUUUAAAAACUUAGGUUAGAAUUGUGUCACGGGUUUAUUUCUACGUGGUUUAAUUCGUAUUUAAGUCUUUUACACGACUGUCUCCAGUCAGUUUUCAGUUGUGUUGUUUUUAGCUCGAUGCUAACGCAGCUCGAGCUAGCAUACUUAGCCGUCGCUAAGACAAUCACCUCAGGAUUUCUCUCUUUUUUAACUUCCUCUUUUUGAUUAUUUCUUUUAAUCUGAAAUGCUCACUCUCGUGUCUGUGCACCUAUUAGUCUCAAGAGCGAGUAUUCGCAAAAUUUGAGAUUUCAGACUAAAAUAAACCCAAGCCUCAGACAGUUAUAAAGUAGAGAGAGGCAGAAGAGGGUGAUUAUGGCCUGCCUUUGGGGCAUGAAGACGGUUUCAUCAUGGACAGACUCGCUCUUCAUUCUCAGCAUGGUCUUCCUCAGUAAAGGGUUCUCUUCGCAGCACGGUGAUAAUGUCUACGUGUCAGGAAUCUCAAACGCCUGUGGAGAUGUGGUGGAGCAGAUCAGGGCCUCCAGCGGUGUGAUCACCAGUCCUGGGUGGCCCUUUGAGUAUCCGUCUCGUAUCAACUGCAGCUGGAACAUCCGCGCAAAUCCUGGAGAGAUCAUCACCAUCAGUUUUCAGGAUUUUGAAAUCCAGAGCUCGCACCGCUGCGGUUUGGACUGGAUCUCCAUCGGCACCUACAAGAACCUGGACGGGUACCGAGCAUGUGGCUCGUCCAUCCCGGCUCCGUACAUCUCCUCUCAGGACCACGUGUGGAUUAAAUUCCACUCUGACGACACGCUUACCGGCAAGGGCUUCAGGCUCUCUUACAUCACAGGAAAGUCAGAGGAGGCGAGCUGCGGGUCAGAUCAGUUCCACUGCGCGAACGGGAAGUGCGUCCCGCAGUCGUGGAGGUGCAACACGAUGGACGAGUGCGGGGACAACUCGGACGAGGAGCUGUGCGUUCACCCCAACCCCCCGUCCUCCUCCUCGUCCAUCUUCUCCUUCCAGCCGUGCUCGUUUGAUCAGUUCCCCUGCGUGUCCCGCUACACCCGCGUCCUCACCUGCCUCCCGCCUUCCCUCCGCUGCGACGGCUCCAUCGACUGCCAGGACUUGAGCGACGAGAUCGACUGCGAUGCCCCGGCGUGUUCCGAGCUCCGCCUGCAAAACUUCUAUGGCACGUUCAGCUCUCCGAACUAUCCAGACUUCUAUCCUCCGGGCAGCGACUGCACGUGGCUCAUCGAUACAGGCGAUCGCCGCCGGGUCGUCCUGCGCUUCCUGGAUUUCAAACUGGAUGGAACCGGUUACUACGGAGACUUUGUAAAAGUCUACGACGGCUUGGAGGCGGAGCCCAGGCGGCUCCUCCGCGUUCUGACCGCCCUCGAUUCGCGCACCUCCGCCACGACGAUAAUCUCUUCGUCAGGGCAGCUCCGGGUGCACUUCUAUGCCGAUAAGAUCAACACUGCUCGAGGGUUCAACGCUACGUACCAGGUCGAGGGGUUUUGUUUGCCCUGGGAGAUGCCGUGUGGAGGAAACUGGGGCUGUUACACGGAGCAGCAGCGCUGCGAUGGUUACUGGCACUGCGCCAAUGGAAGAGACGAGCUUAACUGCAGCGGAUGUGGUGAAGACGAGUUCCCCUGCUCGAGAAAUGGUGCGUGCUACCCAAGAUCUGACCGCUGCAACUAUCAGAACCGCUGCCCCAACGGCUCGGACGAGAAGAACUGCGCUUUUUGCCAGCCCGGGAACUUCCACUGCAGAAACGGCCGAUGCGUGUUCGAGAGUUGGGUGUGUGACGCGCAGGACGACUGCGGGGACGCCAGUGACGAGGAUGCCUGCCCCGUCGCCGUGCCGACACGCGUCAUCGCCGCCGCUGUAAUCGGAAGCCUGGUGUGCGGCCUGCUGCUCGUCAUCGCACUCGGCUGCACCUGCAAACUCUACUCUCUCAGAAGCUUUGAGCGCAGGUCAUUUGAGACACAGUUGUCCAGAGUUGAGGCAGAGUUACUAAGGAGAGAAGCUCCUCCCUCAUACGGUCAGCUCAUCGCUCAGGGUUUGAUCCCACCCGUGGAGGAUUUCCCCGUCUGUUCUGGCAAUCAGGCUUCUGUGUUGGAGAAUCUCCGGCUGGCCGUUCGCUCUCAGCUCGGCUUCACCUCCAUCCGGCUGCCUUCCUCUGGUCGCCACGGCAAUGUCUGGCGGCGCCUCUUCAACUUCACACGUUCUCGCCACUCCGCCUCCUUAGCGCUGGUGUCCUCAGGCGCAGGGGCGGAGACGGACUUGGGAAGCGCCGCUACCAGCGCCGGAAGCUCGACCCGCGUCUCAGACCGCCGCGACUCGGAUGAUUCGGAGGGCGAGCAGCAGGGGGCGGUGGGCGGAGCGUCAGCUUCCCUCCUGCCUCACAAAACCCCUCCCACCGCCACCGUUGUGUCUGUUUCUGCGAGCGCUGCCCCACACGCCGUGCCCGAGAGCGACGAAAUAGCACCCCCACCUCCCGCCGGGCGCGGCUCGUUUGUGGCGCGUGGUCUCCGCUGGGUCCGGAUGUCCCUCGGUUCACGCUUCGCGCAGCAGAACCGGAGCCCUCUGAGACAGAUGCAGAACGGGACGACGAGCGAAGAAGACGAGGAUGAAGACGUGGAGCUCCUCGUCCCUUUAACCGACACGGAUGCGCCCACUACCGCGCCCUCGCUCCAAAGCAGACCGGCGAUCCGGGACGGGCCCUGCGAACACUGCGGGAUGGUUCACACGGCUCAGAUUCCUGACGCCUGCUUAGAGGCUACAGCUAGAACAGAAACCAGUGACGAUGAUUCUCUCUUGCUUUGUUAAUCCUCAACACACUACCCGCUUUGCCUUUUGCUUCUUCACUUUCCUUAGCGAAGGAGGGGGGAGUCUUGAAUGUUUUUUGGACACCUACCCCUUACCUGUGACCUUUCUGCAAGAGCUUCAGAGCAGUUUCGGUGAUGCCGUCUACCCUCCACUGUGCAGCUUUCUGUCUCUGGUUUAGCUUAAGCGGUUAAAGUGGUUGUAUGUUGGUUAGGAUGACCGGAUGAUUUUUUAUUUUAAAAUGUCCAAAGACUGAUCGAGGGGCCCUACGUUGGUCCCCCGGGCAAGACCCUCAACCCCUUAACUGUUCAGCCAUAAGCUUGGAUUGAGUUAUGCCUCACUUGCCAAAUAGGUUAAUGUUAAACCUUUUCCCGGAGAAGGAAGGGGUUUGGGAUACGCAUGCAGCAUCAUGGGAGAAAAACCGGUAAAAGAUUUAUAAACACUGUUUGGUAGAAGAAUUGAUUGUACACUGGUGCCGGAGGAACUAGAUGCUAAAGGAGAUAAAAGUAUUGAAUUAUUCUUCUGUCAAUGAAAAGGCUGCAGAAUCACCCAGACGGUACGUUAAGCUGAGUCGCCGCGGCUCUUCAUUCCGAUUAAAAAUAAAUAAAUAAAUAAAGCUGUAGUGUGUUUCUUUUUUUUUUUUUUUGGCAGAUUAUUUAUAAGGCAGUGUGAAUUUAAGGAGUGACUAUUUUUAAAGGAUGUUAUGUUCUCUAACAGCCAUCAAUGUUGUGUUGUAUUUAUUGUUUCUUUACCGCUUAACGUUUGGGUACUGAGAACUUUGUAUGUGUGUGAGAGAAAGAGAGCAUGAGUGAGUGGGUAUUUAUUACUGGUUUUAAUUUCAUUAGUGGUUACUUGAGAAGCAUGUUACAUCGUCUUGUGUUUUUGUUUGUUCUUGUUUUUUUAAGUGAUUAUUGUGUACGAAAGAAAGUAAAUGUAUAUAAAUAUGCGUAACUGGUUACUGCAUUAAAAGAAUAAAGUAUUCCAUCCUGAA